UUACGCAUCAAUGUAGGCCUAGGAAUUUCUCAUCAAUGUGUAGACACAAAGUAUUUAAACCUCCUGGUUCUGCUUCCCUGUGAAUCUCACCAUCAGCCAGAAAACAACAGCCUCUCAAUCAGAACAUCCAGACUCAGAGUCCCAAAACCACAAUCUCAAUUCACCAAGCCACUUCCACAGCACCCUCCAGUACCACUUCCAACAAUUCAUCUGGGCAUCUUCUACCCAACAGCAUCCCCCACAGCGCUCAACAUGUUCACUCUCUACCCGCAAGCCUUCUGCACUCCCGCAGCCGACGUCAACAUGAGCUUGGCACCGCUCUUCCGCUUCCUUGACGACUUUGACAACUACUCACGCGAAGUCAAGAGCGCCAAGCCCACCCGAAAGACUCCCUCGAGAGCCGCGCGGUCAGGCCUCGCCUCCUUCACUCCCAAGUUCGACGUCCGCGAGACGGAGGACUCGUACGAGCUAAUCGGCGAGCUGCCCGGCCUUGAGCGCGAGAACGUAAGCAUCGAGUUCACCGAGCCGCAGACCAUCGUCAUCCGCGGCCGCGUCGAGCGCAGCUAUGGCCCAGACAAGAGCGCCAAUGCCACCACCAACAGCAGCCAAACUUUUGGGACCACCGGCGCGACCAGCCAGAACCAAACACACAACUCCCACCACGCCACGGUCGAGGACAGCCCAGACGAGGACGACGAUUUUGAGAGCAUCUCACCGUCCACAACCACUCCCGUGGCAACGCCCAAGACCACACCCGCGGUUGCUGAAUCAUCCCCUGCUGCGCCUGCUCAGGAGGUAGCCAAGGCCCCGGCCACGACAACAACGACAAAGGACCAGGCAAAGUACUGGCUCUGGGAGCGGUCUGUGGGCGAGUUCUCGCGGGCGUUUAGCUUCCCUAGCCUGGUCGACCACGAGAGCGUCACGGCCGGGUUGAACAACGGUAUCUUGACGGUUAAGGUGCCAAAAGCGAAGAUGCCUGCUACUAGGCGCAUUGCUAUCAACUAAGGUCACGGAUUCGGUGGGAUUUGGGUUUUGAGCUCAUCAGGAUUGGCAUGGUGUUUAUGGUUUUCGGGAAUGCAUUACAUAGAGGAGGCUAAUGCGUCUUGGUCGGCAUCCGGAUUGCAUGAAUCAUUCAUUGGGCUGCAUGCUGGGUUCGGAUCAUGGCGUUACUGCACUUAGGGCUUAGUUAU